AAGUGACACUGGGAAGUGACGGCAACGUCAAUAACAACAUUUGAUACAACCAGUGUAAUAGUGUCGCGACAUCCGUAUUAGACCAUUUAAAUUCACCAUUCACAACAAUGUCUUCGGAUUUCGAAACGUACGAGCAGGAGUUCAGUACUCUCACCGCGGACAUUACGAACAAAAUUGGAAGAAUACCCAAACUUGGUGGAGAGGACAAGACGCAGCUGGUUCUAAAUGUCGACAAACAGCUCGAGGAAGUCAGAGAGUUGUUGGAGCAGAUGGACCUGGAGGUGCGAGAGAUUCCCAUCCAGAGCAGAGCCAUGUAUAACAGCCGCCUGAAGAGCUACAAACAGGAGGUGGAGAAGCUCGAGAAGGACUUUAAAAGGUCACGUAUUGCCUACAGUGAUGAGGUGCGGAACGAGCUCCUGGGGGAUGAUGGGAGCUCCUCAGAGAGUCAGUUGAUAAAGUUGCGUGAAGAGAGAGCACAUCUGUUGGACAACACAGAGAUGCUGGAAAGGUCAUCUCGGAGACUGGAGGCUGGCUACCAGAUAGCGGUGGAAACCGAGCAAAUCGGCCAGGAGAUUCUCUCCAAUCUGCACAGUGACCGUGAGAAGAUCCAAAGAUCCAGAGACAGGUUGAGAGAGACAGACGCAAACUUGGGCAAGAGCUCCCGUAUCCUGUCUGGCAUGCUGAGAAGGUAAGAUGAAGGGUCAUUCAGAACCGCAUCCUGAUCUUCAUCCUGGGCACCAUCAUCCUCCUCACCAUCGUCCUGGCCAUCUAUUUCAAUCUGCGAGGCCACUGAUCUCCCCUGACGGGUCCUGUGUUUGUGCUUGCGUGUGUGUGAUUAAUAGCAACAAAAGCACGCUGGAGUAAUUAGGACAAAUUGUUCAUAUGAAUCAUUCCUGGUGGGCAGUGACAGGUGAUCUCUUCUCCACUCUCUCCUUCGGCGCACAACCACACCCGCUCUACCCUCUACCCCAUAUAGCCAUUUUGCUAGAAUCUUACUGUUCAAUUCUUCUGCAUGGGACCUCCAUCUGACUGACCUCCGCAUACAUCAUCGACAUGGCAGAAUAAUGGCGGAGGAAGAAUGCUUUAAUUCUAUGAUUUGUUGCUUUAUUUUAACAUUUUGUCGAUAGUGCUGCUUAUUCCGUGUCAGAAUGGUGAGUGUAUCUGCGUGCACAUGCAUAUACACUUUCAGUCCCGGUGUAGUCCCUGCUUUUUUCUGGGGCAUACGCACGAAUGCUUGGACCUGUCUGUAGUGCAGCACACAGAGCAGAAUCACACACUACACCCAGCCCAAAGGUCAGUGCCUUUAGCAGCAAACACACACGCUUCUCCCAGUCGCGCUUCAUCCAGGAUUAGUAGCUUCUCACGCUGUUCCUCUAAGGUCAGUAAAGGCCUUGUGUGUGUUCAGGCAACUCAGCAGGAUUUUUAAAACCUAAGGCCCCCCCCAUAGAUUCACUUAUAAUGUACGGCAUAAAUAUUUUGUUAACAUACUUGGACAUUACUAAUAUCUAUGUUUAUUUUAAAAUGAAUAAUUAUUGUGGUGAUGUAUUUACCUUCUUUCAGUCAGUAUGAAACUUUUUCAUCACUGUAUAAUGUAUUUCUGUAAAAUGCAGAAACGUGUACAGUGUAAAUGGUUCAAAAAUGAGAUGCAUGUGGAAAGCUUUUUAAUUUAUUGAAUGGAGUAAUGUUAUGGAGCUUUUUACUUUUGAUCCAUAGUGAGGGGUUUUUUUGUUUGUUUGAUUGUUUCCAUUUUUAGGACCAACACCUGGUGAAUGAUGGUAGUAAUCUUUAUAGAUCAGAUUGCAGCAGUUUAUUCUAUUUGUUUGCAUGUGUAUGAGUGUGUAUUGAUGUUUUACACAGUGUCCUAUACGGUCAGGACCUGGUGCAGCUCAGUGCAGUUUCAGACUUAUGCAGCUCAAAUAUACUGUCUGUUCACAUGUGAGCAUUUAAAAUACAGACACAGAGCACACCUAUUGAUACUGUGUUUAUUAUUCCCAGUGCAUGUGACAGAUAUUCUCUCUCUGUCUCUUUCUCUCUAGCUCUCACAAAAACGCACACACUUUUUUUCCUCCUCUGGCUGAGGGCCUGAUGGACAGACAGACAGGCAGAGGGCAUUUGGUAUUCUGUUUCAGGCCGGGUAGAUUGUCUUAUUUUGGAAGCAGCAUGGUGGGGGGCUUUCUCUGCCUCUGCUUCACAGCUCGGGCUUCAAAGCACCAAAUUAAUGGCCAACAAAAUAGUGUGUCUCUGUCCGUCCCAUGUGGGGCCAACCCGUCGAGAGUUAUCAUUAAGUUCAGGAAUAAAUGAACAAAAAAGGAGAGAGGAGGAAGAGGAAGGACGAGGAGGGGCAGAAUCCUGCCUGUUUGACAAACCUCAUAAGAUAAUGACCUCAGUGAUUGAGUUUUUCAUCAACACGCCUAGACAGGACUGGGUGUCUGCAUGUCUUCCGUGUGUGUUUGUCCUCUCUCCUUCUUUAGAAAUAUGUGUGAGUGUGAGCACUGGAUCUAAGCACCUGUGCGUGUUGAAUCCAGGCAUGCUGUGAGUAUAUUUUGCUUGUUAUGUAUGUGUGCAGCUGUGUGUGUGUGUGUGUGUGUGUGUGUGUGUGUGUGUGUGUACAUAGGUGUGUGUGUGUGUGUGUGUGUGUGUGUGUGUGUGUGUGUGUGUGUGUGUGUGCGCACGUUUCGCUGACUGAGUCUCUCUCUGUCUCUCUAUCUCUCUCCCUCUCCCUCGGCCUGUCAGAUCCUCUCAGUAGUGAGUGGCUGGUGGAAGGCAGCGUGGCUGCGGCUCUAUUUGAAGUUGUAAUGGUGUCAAAAAGUCAGGGCUGACUGACAGCCGUCAGUCCCACUGGGGCUCAUUAAAUCAUAACAACUUGACAAGGAAAUAAUUGAGCACUGAUGACAAGUUGAGGCCCGUUUAGAUGUUUUUAUUUUCUUUCAUUAUGCCUUCUAACUAUUAUGUUCAUUAAGGAAUUGCAUUAAACAACUCUUAGGGGACUAAUGAUUUGUUUAUAUCCCCUUUUUCAUUAUUUAAACACUAGCCAUGUCUUCUGAUACCUCAGCAGGCUGCAGCUAUCAUCUUCUGCAUCUAUUUUUCUCCACACACCUUUUUCUCUAUAGCUCUUCUGUCUCUCUCUCUCUCUCUCUCUCUCUCUCUCUCUCUCUCUCUCUCUCUCUCUCUCUCUCUCUCUCUCUCUCUCUCCUUCUUUCCCUCCGCCCUCAUCCCCAUUAUCUACGUCUCUUCCUUACUUCUUACUCUCUCCUUCUCUUUCUUCUCACAUUUUCUCAUCACUUUCUAAUUUCACCCUUUUCCUUGCUCAUAUCAUCCUUCUCUCCUCUACAAUCCCCUCUCUCUCUUGUCAUUCUUAUCUCCCCCUUUCCCCCUCUUCCCUGUUAAUUUUCCUUUCUUCUUAUCCUCUUCAUUCUCUUUUCUCUUAUCCUCUCUUCUCCUCAAUCCCCUUCUCCUCACUCGCAUUUCUCACUUUGUGCUCCUUUUCCUUAUCUUGCACUUCUCCUUGUUUCCUCUCCCACUCCCUCCUCUUUCCUCUAAGCAACCAAGCUCUCUCCUCUCUUGCUCCUUGUCUCCACCCCCCGCUCUCUUUUCUCUUUCAGUAUGACCUAUGGAAUAGUCAUUACCCUCUUAUAGGCUGUGUUUUAUUCCAGGGGGCAACUGUAGCAAUAGGUGUGCUCACAUUUUAACACAUCACUCAGAUUAAUGUUAACCAUCAGAGUGUCCAGCUAGCAGGCCCUCAGCCAUCUGACGGAGGAACAGAGAUUAACCACAGCUUUCCUGUAACACUGAUAGUAGACGUGCAGUGUAACACAAACCUGCGCAUGUAUACACAUUAAUCAAAGUGCUAUAGUGUAUGUUAAAAAUUCUACACAGAGUGAUGGCAAUUUCAGGUAACACUCAGCAGUUUUUCAGCCCAAAUCCUAAACGUGGGAUUACCACGGCCAGCUGAAAUGUCAGGUAUUUUUCUCAAGAACUGAAAACCUGUUUGCUGAAAACGGUUGUCAAGGCAGUUAUAUCCCCACACAUUACAAAGAAAAAGAAGGUUGUGCUAAUCAUGUAUAUGCCACAGCUGUAGUGUAUAACAAAUAGGAUAAAAACAUAUUAUAAAGUGCCCCUGAAGUAUUUAAAUAAAUAAAUAAAAGGUGUGUUUGAGUAAAUGAGUAAAUCAGGAAGCACAGUGGAAGGUCUAUGUUUCAUCAGGUAAAGAUCAUCUUUUGAGAAAAGUUCCUGUCCCCUUAUAAAUAAAGUUUUUUUUUUUUUCUUUCUCACUUAACUGUAAGGUAUUCAGACGUACAUGGCGAUGUCCUAACAUGCUAUCAAAUACUGAAUGGCACAAACCUGAAAUGAUAUCUGUCACUGUUGUUCUUUUCUGCUGUGUCCCUCUUCAAGUAAAUGCCCAUUGAUUGGACAUGCAUGUGUUUGCUGUGAUCAUGUGCCCAGUUUGAUAUUUGUGUGUUUGAAAGUGCAUAGCAUCUGGCCACAUCUGACUUCCUACUGAUCAGAUCCAUCUUACCCGAUUAGCGCGACUACUGUUCCUAUUCUUCCUUUGCUUUCAUUUGUCAGUGAUUUUUAUGGAUUGUGAUCUCUGUGGAUGUGCCGAGUGCUUGUCUAGUUGUAACACUGUCAUUAAAGCAGUAUUGCAUUUCAA